CCCCCGCCCCCGUGCGCCCGCCGGGGCCGCGGACAGGAGCGCGCGGCCGCGACAAGCCUAGCGAAGCCGAGCCGGGGGCGCAGAGCGCGGGAGGCUGCGGCGGCGCGGAGCUCAGGUGUCGCCCCUGCCGGAUGGGAGUGACCCCGCGUGUCCGUGCUGGUUGAGGUGGCACACACACCAUGUCAUCAUGUGUCUCUAGCCAGCCCAGCAGCGACCGGGGCGCCCCCCAGGAUGACCUGGGAGGAGGGGGCCGCAGCAGUGAAGGCCAGAAGCCCUGUGAGGCCCUGCAGGGCCUCUCGUCCCUGAGCAUCCGGCUGGGCAUGGAGUCCUUUAUCGUGGUCACUGAGUGUGAGUCGGGCUGUGCUGUGGCCCGGGACCGGCCCCUGGAGGCUGAAGGCCGAGAGGUCUCUCUCACUGCCUCUGGGUCCCAGGUCCGGCCCCAGCUCUGCAGUCGCAAGCUCUCUCUGCAGGAGCGGUCGCUGCUGGAUGCGGACGGGCGCUGCGUCUGCCCGGCGCUACCCGCCUCACCCGUGGGCUCCCCGCAGUCCUCGCCGCGCCUGCCCCGGCGGCCCACGGUGGAGUCCCACCACGUCUCCAUCACUGGUAUGCAGGAUUGUGUACAGCUGAAUCAAUAUACACUGAAGGAUGAAAUCGGAAAGGGCUCCUAUGGCGUGGUCAAGUUGGCCUACAAUGAAAAUGACAAUACCUACUAUGCAAUGAAAGUGCUGUCCAAAAAGAAGCUGAUCCGGCAGGCGGGCUUUCCACGUCGUCCCCCACCCCGGGGCACCCGGCCAGUUCCAGGGGGCUGCAUCCAGCCCAGGGGCCCCAUUGAGCAGGUGUACCAGGAAAUCGCCAUCCUCAAGAAGCUAGACCACCCCAAUGUGGUGAAGCUGGUGGAGGAAAAGCAGUGGACUGCAGCUCUCCCGCUGGCAAACACAGUCAUGUGGAUGCUGCCUCCUGCUCAUGACUUUUCUUCCUCUUCCUUCCUCUGCUUCUCGUCUCCGGUCUGUUCCAUGUGUCUGUGCCAACAGGUCCUGGAUGACCCCAACGAGGACCAUCUGUACAUGGUCUUUGAACUGGUCAACCAAGGGCCUGUGAUGGAAGUGCCAACUCUCAAACCGCUCUCUGAAGACCGGGCCCGUUUCUACUUCCAGGAUCUGAUCAAAGGCAUUGAGUACUUACACUACCAGAAGAUCAUACACCGGGAUAUCAAACCCUCCAACUUGCUGGUCGGAGAAGAUGGGCACAUCAAGAUCGCAGACUUUGGCGUGAGCAAUGAGUUCAAGGGCAGUGAUGCACUACUCUCUAACACUGUGGGAACGCCUGCCUUCAUGGCACCUGAGUCGCUCUCAGAGACCCGGAAGAUCUUUUCUGGGAAGGCCUUGGAUGUUUGGGCCAUGGGUGUGACACUGUACUGCUUUGUGUUUGGCCAGUGCCCGUUCAUGGAUGAGCGAAUCAUGUGCUUACACAGUAAGAUCAAGAGUCAGGCCCUGGAAUUCCCAGAUCAGCCUGAUGUAGCUGAGGACCUGAAGGAUCUGAUCACCUGCAUGCUGGAUAAGAGCCCUGAGACAAGGAUUGUGGUGCCAGAGAUCAAGGUGCACCCCUGGGUCACAAGGCAUGGGGCGGAGCCGUUGCCAUCGGAGGAUGAGAACUGCACACUGGUGGAGGUGACCGAAGAGGAGGUCGAGAAUUCGGUCAAACACAUUCCCAGCCUGGCGACCGUGAUCCUGGUGAAGACCAUGAUUCGGAAACGCUCCUUUGGGAACCCGUUUGAGGGCAGCCGACGGGAUGAGCGCUCCUUGUCAGCGCCUGGAAACCUGCUCACCAAAAAACCAACCAGGGAGUGUGAGCCCCUGUCUGGGCCCAAGGAAGCAAGGCAGCGAAGACAGCCUCCGGGGCCCCAACCCGGCCCCCGUGGGGGAGGAGGAAGUGCGCUUGUGAAAGGCGGUCCCCGCGUGGAGAGCUGGGGGACCCCGGGCGCCGGCCCCCGCGCACGCAUGCAUCCUCUGCGGCCUGACCAGGCGACGGAGUAGCUGCCGGGAUCGCGCAGCCUCGCGUGCAGGCGGCACACCUUCCCGGGCUGCCCCCGCGUUGCCAUAGCAGCAUGUCCUCGGAAACCCAGCAAGUGUGUAGAGCCUUGACCGUCAUCUCUGGUUUGUUUUUUUUCUUUGUUGUUUUAAAGGGAACAAAAAAAAAAAGACUUGACUCCAUGACAUCGACCUUGGCCACUGGCUGGCUGAACGGGCAGGUGUGAGGAGUUGCAGACCCAAAGCCACGUGCAUUUUGGGACAAUUGCUUUUUAAAACGUUUUUAUGCCAAAAAUCCUUCAUUGUGAACUCGGAACCACAUCAGAUACACCAAGUGAAUGUGUGUGGGGGUUUGAAAAUCAUGAAAAACUGGUAGAAAACUCUGGCAGCAGGGGUCUGAGACCGCAGAGUUAGUCCUUGCAUUUGAAAGGGAGAGGAAGAGUGGGGGUGACUCCCCCUGCCAGCCCUGAACCCAAACCCCAAACCGUGGCACCUUCCAGGGCCGAGAGACUCCAGGGCUCAGGGCAGGGCAGGGCUCGCCCUCAGUAGCUGCAGGGAGCUUUAAUGCAACUUAUUUAUAAGAAGGACUUUUACAUUUUUUUAUGGAUAGAGUUUUAGUCAGGACAACGGAAAGGGCUUGAAGUUUAAUUGCUUCUCAAAGGAGAUUUUCCAACCCUAGAAGGGCAUUUGGUGGUUGUGGGAGACCUUUCACCUAAAGGACUGAAGGCAUUUCUUUAUGACAGCCACUCAAAAGCAGGUUUCUGAAUUAGUUGACUGGAGCUCUAGUGAAUCGCAAAAACUUCAGGGUGAAAUCCUACACUUCCAUGUACAUUACAUGGCUUAAGAAUAAACAACAACAAAAAAUAUUUUCAAUUCUCAAAGUAGACUGAACUCUAGGGUAGUUCAGAAAUCCUUUAGAGCUUCCAGGAUAUAUUCCAUGGCAUCAGGCAUGUGAUCGAAGUUAGAGCCAAUAAAAUCUAUGCCUGUAUAUUAGCAGCUUAGUUUGCUUAUAACCUACAUAUUUUAGAGACUGCUAAGGUUCUGUUUUUUUUCUCCUAAACACUAGCUGAUUGUUGUAGUCAGUGAAGCACUUACUCAGUUUCUGGAGGACCAGUUAGAAAGUACUUUCAUUCAGCUGAAACACAAAAUCAUCCUUAUUGGCAAAGCUCUGUGAGGAUCUACACAGUAAAUUUGGGGGUGCCUUUUUAGAGAAGAUUGUUGAAACCCAGAGCACUCCUCAGGGGCCAAUCGCCCAGAAAGAAAAGGUUUACCUUUUUGACUUCCAAAUAAUAUUGGGAAGUUUGGUUGCAACUCAAGUGUGACUUCUUCCAGAGUCACAUGUGGGUGAGUUAAAGUUCAAGGGGUAGAAAACUGGAAGACUUUGCCCAGGAGUCCUCUGUGGACUUUGUUGGUUACUGGGCUCAGAAGGACAUGUUUUCCUGUAGUUUUUAUCGAUCAGCAUUGUCAUGAGGACUCUGUGCAGAGUGACGGAGAAGCAAGGCCUUGUGCCCCCUGCCCAGCACAUUCAGAGCCUGGGCAUUCCUGGCUUCUAUAGGCUUCGUAAGCUCUUGAUCAUUGUUUAGUCAGACUUUUCUUGCUAACUUACAAACAGUACAGUAUUAGGAAAUGCUGGUUUUCAAGAGCAAAAGACACCAUCUGAUGGAGUGUCUGUCAUCUCACCUCCUUGCUUUCUUUUUGUAACCUAGUACUUCCUCUUGCCCUCCUGUGCUUGUUUAAAUGUAUGGGCUCCACCCCUUCUGGGAGCAGAUGGGGUCUGGUUAGUUUGCAGUAAGCACGUUGUAGUGGUUAAAGUCAACAGGUCCUUAGUCUUAGUCCCAGCCUGUGUGUAUGGACUCUGGCCUGGCCAAGUGGCUUGCCUAGAGCGGCCGGGCAGCAUGCAGGGCUUCUGCAGACCUCCUCCUGUGUUUACACAGCUGCAUCGGGCAACACCAUUUCUCCCAUCACAAAACUCGUGUGUAAAAUUUCCUGUGUGGCAUGCUAGCAAGCAGGCAGCACCCAGCUGUUUAGGCAGGUCGGUUGGGGGGAGGCCCAAGUUCAUAACUUCUUUUUUUUUAAACAAAGGAACACCAAAGAAAGCUGUAGAACGAAUUACCACCCCUGAAAAGUAUAAGCAGAGAGAGCUGUUAUAUAAAGUGUUUAGAGCUACCCCUUUCUUGGAGCACAGUUAAUUUUCAAAAGCCAGCUCUAUCAGGAAAGGGGAGGAGCUGUUAUGAGCAGCUUUUCUAGGUGAGCGAAAGGCUUCCCAUCAGUUUCUUCCAUUGCUGGCUCAUCUGAGGAACCAAUUUGGUAAAAGCAACAAGUGGCUUGUAUCUGUGGCCUAGAUGGAAGCACAAGUUCUCUGCCCACCUUCUUUUGCCCUGUACCACUUCCCCCAUCUAGUCGUAGGCUUACCAGUGGCUCCUGUAAAGCCUUAUCUAGCUCCUUGUUGACACUGGGGCUGGAGAGUCUGUCUUCCCUGCUGGUCUUGCCCUUCCCAUGAGUUCAGGCUCCCAUCCGCAAAGUCUUUCUGGAAUAAGGAGGCUUACACCUGUGCAUUUAAACACAGAGGCUCAGCCUAUUGCUCCUACCCAUCUUCCAAAGUGGAGCUUCAUUUUGGGUGGGGGGGGAGAGCUGUGACUUCCACUUGCUUCCAAGGUGCUAGGGAAGGUUUCAAGGUCAUCGGUUCCCUUCUUCUCUAGCUUUACCAUCUGAGUUUCAUGAGACUGCUGACUUUUCUAUUCUGUGAUUGAUUUAAUGCCCGAUGCUUCUAUUUUAUUCCUGAUCCUUUCUACUAUGCAUUUUCCUUUUAUCAGGUGUACAAAGUUAAAUACUGUGUAUUUAUCACUUAAAUGUACAUGAACUUAAGAGAAACAUAAGCCUUUGGUGUUUUUCCACAGAUUAAGCUUCUCUGUAAACUUGAAAUAAACAGACAGCAAAAUAAUGCAAAGCCUGCUCCUCUU